CGCAGCGCCUCAGCGCCGGGCCGCGCCGCUGCGGGCUCCCGCCUGCCUGCCCUCCCGCCCGCCCCGCGGCGCCUCACCGGCUGGAAGCAGGGCGCGGAGAGGUGGCAGUGGCAGUCCACCGGCCCCGCCGCCAUGCCGCCACCCCACGCCCGGCCUCGGCCUCGAGAGGGAAGGGGCGGGGGAGCGGUGGGUUGUGCUUCCGGGCCGGCAUUUUCGGUUCGGAGGAGGCGGGAAAUGGCGGCCGGGCCGCCCGCCCGGCAGGAUUGGCGGGUGCAGUGCUGCUCGCGGCGCGGCCUGGACGAGGUGGUGGGGCUGUGCGCGCCCUUCCUGCGGGGCCUGGCGCAGGGGCAGCCGGGCGGCGCCGCCGCCGCAGUGGAUGACGCGAUCUGGAACUUUGAGGCAGCAGUGAGAGAGAAUGUUACCAUUAAUGGGCAGCCCUGGGCAGAGACAUCAGCCGACUCCGAACCAAAUAGUGCCAACAUCAAAAUCCUUGAAGACCAGCUUGAUGAACUGAUAGUAGAGACAGCAACAAAGCGUAAGCAGUGGCCUAAGAAAAUACUGGUGCAUGCUAUCCAGACCAUGAAAGCAGAGCAAGAGAUGUUGAAGCUCUACCAGCCUGUCGUAACGCCAGAAGAGAUUAAAUCACAGCCCUCUCAAGAUGCUUACGUUGCAGAUCUGAAGCAGGUGACCGAAAUGGCAUCCGAGCAGAUUGGUGAGGCAAUGAAGUCUCUCCCAGCGUUAAUAGAAAGAGCAGAAGGUUUUUCCCAAGCGUUAACUUGGCAACCAACCUUGGAACUGUGCAAGCUGCGUCAAGAAGUCUUUGCUGGUUGUAAUGCAAAGGAGGAAAAUAGUGUCCAAAAUUUUGUAUCACCAGCAGAAGUCACACCAACAGACGCUGAUAGCACUAACAAUCCUUACACCUUGUUCAAAAGAAAAAAAGCUGCAGAUACACCACAGAGAAGAUACUACCCACUUCGACGGAGAAAAAUUACCCUCAGCACGUAGAUUUCUCAUUUAGUAUUUCAAGAUUGGAAAUUCAGAAACAUUCCUGUUCAGUGUAUUCAGUUUUUGGUUUUUUUUAAACAACAAAACAAACUUAUUCUACUCUCUAAUUCAGUGCUAUACAAGAGAGCUUCCUUGAUUGUGUAGUCUUUUGAUUCUUCUAAGUAUUUCUCUUCUUACUGUUACACUGGUGGUAUAUGAAAGCCUAUAUGUACCAGUCACACCUGAUACCUGACUAACUCUCUUCUUCUGCCCUUUUAUUACAGCUUUUAUUACCCUCAGUCUUCAUGCUUCUCAGAGCUGCGCAAAUGCUUUAUGUGUGUGGGCACUCCUUUUGUAAACCACUAAGUGCUCAUACAGAGCAGGCACAUCUCUGAAGAUGUUACAGAAUGUCCAGUUCUCGUAACGAUACUUCAUUUAUACUGAGUUUGGAUAUUUAAUAAAUAAAUUUAAAAUACUUCCAGACUGGAGCAUAUUAAACCCACCAAUUUUAGUACAAAUGUUUUAGUUUUAAGAAAAUCCAUGUGCAAAUCUAAAAUUGAUCCGUCCUGCUCCACCUCUUAGGUAAUGUUUUAGAUGAGCAGGGCUCAUUAACAGUCAUCUUGAUUUGAACUUGGAAUUCGAAUAAUUACAUGCAUUUCCCUGCAGUGUGCUCUUCUGCGCAAUGAUUCGACCAUCUGCAUUUUACCGUCUGAUAUUUCAGUUUAUGUAACUGAUUUAUGCAGUCUGGGGGUUUCCUGGACAAUAGAUGUACACAUUACAGGAUCUCGGCUUGGCCACGCGUUUGUGGCAUUUGACUAAACUUACAAACAAAAAAAUCCAAAACAGUAUAGAUUAACAGUAAAUGGGAUUAAGUUGAGCUAGCUUUUUUUUUUAUAAGCACAGUAGUACCUAGACAUUUACAUAGUGGUAUUAAAUUAAGCAUUGUGCCUUAGCCACUGAGAACUUUUUCCAGCUUAUGACUGCAUACGCUUACAGUAAGUACUGGUGUCUAACUAAUAUGUAAUGUAUUCCCUCCCGCAGUGGAUGGAGGAUGUUUUGGAAGCUUUGCUAAUGGAAUGUAGUGUAGUGAGAAGGCAGGUGCAGCUUGAUGUCUAGAGACUGACAGUUUUCAAGGAAAUGCGUGACAGAUUGUAGCAUCAUUUAUUUUGUGAAGGUGAGCACCUGUACUACGACUUUGUGUAUUUAAUCGUAUGUAAAUAUUUCCUAUCACUUUUGUAUAUACAAACUUCUGUUUUUAUACAACGUAAAUUAAAUCAAUUAAGAAAGAUCAAA